CUGGCUUAGUGCCGGCAGGGACUCGGAACGCGGACGGCGGACCCUGAGGGCUCGGUUCUGCCGCUGUGGACAGGCUGUGCUAGGUUCCUCCUUCCAGGGCAGCGAGAACGUGACCGUGGGGGAAAGAAAAGGGCAGCUGUCCGUUGAAAUAAAAACUCGGGCUGCCUCCAGGAGAACGGCCUCGCGUACGGCAGCCCGGUGAAAAUCGAGACGUUUCUGCCCCGGGCAGCGCGGGCUGGGCCUGCAGCGUUGGUGCAGUGCCUGCUGCCUUCACGGGGCUUCAUCUUCUGGCAUCAGUGGGAGACGAGGUUCCUCAUCCUCAGAUGUGUGGCAGCGCUGGUUUGCUCACAGGAGGCAGUGAACAGUGAAAGCGGUUAGCUGCCAGAUUUUGAUGCCUUGUUUUUCUGAACAAAGUACAAUGAUUUUAAGAGGUCGGAGGUUUGAAAUCCACACAGCGUGGUUAAGUUGCUAAUGCAGGGCUGGGCUUUAUCUGUGUUUCUACGGGUGUACUCAAGUAGUGAGGUUAGUCAUCUAACCAGCAGUUUGCAGGACUGAGGCUCGAGUGCUCAUUUCUGCGUAACCAGUAAGGCUAAUUAAGAACAACCUGUUGGCACAGCUGGAGGAAUUUGACAGGAUGAGGCCUGUCAUUGUGGUACACGGUGGAGCUGGCCGGAUCUUCAAAGAACGAGAAGAGGGAUGCCGUGCUGGUGUCGUCAGAGCAGCGCUGCAGGGUUAUGGUGUCCUGAAACAAGGAGGCAGCGCCUUAGAUGCAGUUGAGGAGGCGGUACGGUCAAUGGAAGAUGACCCUCAUUUUAAUGCAGGCUGUGGUUCUGUUCUUAAUGAAGAAGGUGAAGUAGAAAUGGAUGCAAUUAUCAUGGAUGGAAAAAAUCUGGCCUCUGGAGCAGUAUCUGCAGUUAAAUGUAUAGCAAACCCAAUAAAACUAGCUCGACUUGUCAUGGAAAAGACAAAGCACAUGCUGCUAACUGACCAUGGCGCCCGCCUCUUUGCUCAGGCCAUGGGUGUUCCUGAGAUUCCAGGGGAGAAGCUCAUAACUGAGAGGUCUCGGGAGAGAUGGAAGAAGAACCUUGAGCCAGAUUCCAACCCUGUGGAGUUCCAGAAAGACCUGGGAACAGUUGGUGCUGUUGCUGUAGACAGUGAAGGAAAUGUAGCUUGUGCAACAUCCACUGGAGGACUCUCUAAUAAAUUGGUUGGCCGUGUUGGUGACACAGCAUGCAUAGGAAGCGGAGGUUAUGCUGAUAACUGUUCUGGUGCCACUUCAACCACAGGACAUGGAGAGAGCAUUAUGAAAGUAGUCUUAGCCCGACUGAUCCUCUAUCACAUGGAGCAAGGAAUGUCACCAGAGAUGGCUGCUGACACUGCAUUAGAAUACAUGAAGACUCGAGUCGGGGGCUUGGGAGGUGUCAUCGUUGUUAGCAGUUCUGGAGAGUGGGCAGCGAGGUUCUCCACCAAGCAGAUGUCCUGGGCUACUGUAAAGGAUGACAAACUACAUUACGGGAUUUACACUGGGGAGAGGCAUACAAAGUCUCUUGAUGAAGCACUUGCAUCUGAAAGUGAGGGAUUCUGAGAUUGAAGAACCAUUGACUAUGGUCAAAUGAAGAUCUCCAUUCUUUUUUGGAGGACAGUAACAACUGAUUUAAUUUUUCUUGAGAGAUCUGUACUUUAUUGAUUGAUUCACAGACAUUGCUAUGCUUUGACCCAAAAUGAAAUCCGACAUCAUGAUCAUGGAUAUAUGUAUAGUGCUUACUGGUGCCUUCGGACACUCAGAUCUUCCAGGAGAAUGUACAGUUUGAGGGCUGUAGGUUUAUGUGUUUCUUUAAUCCUACAUUAAAGGGAGCCUAAAUUUCAGGAAUAGAAAAGCUCUUUGUCAUGCCUGUUCUCAGAUGCUGCUUCCAGGAUGAUUAAAGAGAUACAUUUUUACUAUCUGAAAACUGAAUUCUGAAAAUCACAUAGCUCUCCAAUGUAUCUUGAGCAGUCAUACCUCGAUAGCAAAGUUCUUACUGUCAGUGAAAAAUCAUUAAACAAUAGUAAAAAGUUAAGACUAAUUUAUCAUCAUGGGCAGUAGGGUGUAUUGUAUGCUGUUUUCUGACUUAACUAGAUUUUUUUUUAAACUGUGUUAUAAUUUAAUGGAUUUUAGCAGAUGCUAUGAUAUGGGUUUCCUUUGGGGCCAGGUAUGUAUGUAUUGCAUGCCAUCAUACAGUGGAAUGUUCUUAUAACCCAAAUAAACAUAGCAAAAACAAAUUAGAUUUUAAAACUACUUCCACAAGUAUCCUAACUGCAGUAGGCUGUGUUAUUGAGUUGGCUUAUGUAGAACAGUAAGUUUGCCAAGACUGUGUAACUCGCCUUCUACUUUAAUCUGUGUUUUAUUGGAUGUUGCAUAUGAGUGAAUGUAGACAUUGAUGGCUCAAGCAUAGACAGCUUGUGCAAAACAACCAUGGAUUUCUUGCAUACCUUGCUCCUCAGGAGGUAAUGUAGAAGAUGGCUACUCUUGUUAACUGUUUGUGAAACAACAGCAGUAUUUAAGAUGUGCUCAUAGUCAGAGAACAGCCAUCUCAGUAAAACUUUGUUCCUGCUUUUAUGUGUGAGGUACCGAUCUACAGGGCCAAGCUGUUCUCUGGAGCAAAGCUGUAUUGUCUUCACUGCCAAAAUAUCAAAGCAAUCCAGAUUUUGUGGUCAGGACUGUACUUUGUUUAACUCACCUGUCCCUACUGCAAGAUCAAAUGUAGAACAGGUAAAAAAUACAAUCUUUCAGUGUUCUGCCAAAUAUCUCUUUGCAACAAUAUUGUUUUGAUGAAAAUAGUGACUUUUUAGUGGAAAAAAAGCAACUUGGAUGUUUCUAGCAUGGAUGAUGUUAUGAAUAGUACAGAAAUCUUGUCUUAUACUUGCUUUUGAUCAGAUUUAAGACCAAUUUAAGAGACAUAUUUAAGAAUGUGUUCCCAGUCACCCUUCCUUUACUUGCUGUGGCUGGGUCGAUGAGCACUUCACUCACUAGUGCAAUAGGUGGGCAGCCAGCUCUGUUCUUAUUGUGCACUCUUGAGUGGAUGCAGGCCUGUUCUGGUCAGACUCCAAGUUGACUAAAACCCAAGUGAUUGUUGGCAUAGGAGCAGGUAUAAGCUUGUAUACCUGUGGAGUGGUUUGUUGAUGAGGGUUUGGCAGUAUGCUAACCUGGGCAGUUGGCUUUAGGUUUGCUUUGAACAAGCUCAUAUCUGCCCAGAAGCUACCAUCAGCCACAGGAGUAGUACAGAUACUAUCUCAGGGCUGUCUGAGAGAACAGCAAAUGGUUACUGUGGUUAAUUUGCCUCAGCUGUUCUCUGAAUAUAAUGUAAUAAAUAGCUGGCACUUAACAAAGAACAUUAUUCUCUAUACGUUCUUCUGUCACUCAUCACCAGGCUAGCUGGGCAUCUUCCAGCAGUGCAUUAAGCAGUGUGACUGCCAUCUGGGCUGUAUGAUCUGUUCUCUUACCAGCUCCUUGGUAGUAUGCUCCGUAUUCCUUUGUGAAAAAGCAUCUGCUUUUUAAAAAGAUGUGUGUCCUCUUGCCUUUCAGCUGUUAGGCAUAGUUAGGAAUGAGGAGGCCUUGUGAAUCGCCUGGAGACAUUUGGUCACCCCUAGGCUGUAUCCAGCUUGCUCCAUGAGCUCUGGUGAGGGCUGCGGGCUUCCCUGCCAGUUGACUGCCUCAACCAAAGCCCAGCAGAAAUGUACGUGAUUUCCACAUGCAAUCUGCCCAGCACACAGCACUCCCCUUCCUCUUGAAAAGGUGGGGUGAUAGCAAAUGAUAGGGAUUGGGUAGACCUAAUUUCUGAAGAAACUGGGGAGCCGGGGAUGGAACAGGUGUUUUCCUUCUUUUCCUCUUUACGCUUUCAGUCACAUUCUUUAGCUGGAACAACACAGACUUAACUGCUGCUGAUGUGAGAAGUUGCUUAUACUGCACAAGGCUAUCCAGUUUUUGAAUAUGAAAGUCUCACCUCACCUCUGCAAAUAUUGUGAUAUUCCCCAUCAUAAGGGCUUUUACAGUUUUUAUAAUUGCAGUUACAGUCAAUAUGUAGUUGAAAGGCACUGAACUUUGGGGUAAAGCUUCCGCUAGGACAGAGAGCUGUGUGCCAUUGUUGUGCUCUGCUGCUGGAAAUGAGCCUCUAAUUCAAAUGGCUGUGACCUGGAUAUCAAAGAAGGAAAAUUAGAGGCUGUUGCCAAGAAACUGAGUGUCCUUGGCAUGUAGCAAAGCAGCAACAGAGUUUUAAUUAUCUCAUUAAAGUGUGGUGUCCUGUUAUUUUAUAUCGUCUAUAAAGCCAGUUUCACGUGUUGUUCUUUUUCCUCCUUCCUGCUGUGCAGAUACAGCUCCUGGCCCAAGCAGGGAGCUGUGAUGGGUGUGCAUACCACAGUGAAGGUGUUGGCUAAAGCAACCCAGCAGUGAGCACUGACUUUACUCAUAUGUUGUUAGCUCUGUGCAGGCCUUCCUCUUUAGUCUUUGCUAGUUAUAAGUAAUUACAAAUGUUCUAUGGGAUCUGUAGCACAUUGCUGCUUGGAAAUUUUUGUUUUUUUUCAGGGUGCUACUUUGUUGUAUGUUUUAAUUCUGUCUCAGGUGGCUUUCACUGACUUUGAAACCUAUCUUAGCAAAGUUUAGUGGCACUCUCUGUUUUUCUUGCUUCUCUUCUGGUAUGGUUCUUCUUUGAUAAGCUUUGAGAAAUACCUGCUAUAGGACAGAUUUCAAUCUUGGUUACAUCAGUCUGAAUUAAAGCACCAAUACUGAGGUCUGCGACUGUACUGGAGGAAGUGAAAGCAGACAUGGGCUGGCCUGGCCACAGCCAGCAUCUCUGUGAGUACUCUGCCUUCUCUAAGGAGAGGGAAGUACAUGGGACAGAGUGUGGUGUGGGUAGUAACUGGGGAAUGACAGAGCUCUGGUUUCAGGCACCAUCCAAGUGAGAAAGAUGCCCAGGGAAACUGUUAAAUAUGUGCACUGGGAAAUAAGUAGGUGUCAAGUGAGUCACAUGAAGGAAUCUAAGAUCGUGCAGAUAAGGGUGAGCAAAAGCUCUUUUUGUUUUAGACACAUAAACUAAGAUUGAGGGGAAUCUCCUUUUUCCACUGUGCUCCUUGCUCACAGGGGGUGCAUCCGUACCCCGCAGCUUUUGUGCAAAGGAGCUUUGCUGGACCAGGUCACGUGGGUUUUAUUUGGAGAUAUUUUUAACAUUCUUGCCUUUUGGCCUUUGAAAUUCUCCUUAGCAGUGCGAUCCUGAUUUUCUUGCAGUUCCUCCUCUAAGUGCUUUUCUGCUGAGGACAUUAUCAGCUACUGUGCAGUCAGUGUAGGCUUUAGCUCUCAAGCUUUGCACUUUUGACCCUUCCCUGCCAGUGCUUUCUUCCAGUGUAAACUAUGUAAAUGUACGUAAGCUAUGUAAAUGCACAGCAGCAUGCAGCUCAUUGAGGGCUCAUAUGCUCCCAGCCUGAUGGCCCAGCCCUGUCCUGCCUCCCUGGCAUAGCAGCCCCUGUGCUUAGCAACCCAGCAUCAGCCGGGAGCACUCCCUUCCUUCCUUGCUGGCUCCCCAUGGACCACAGCAGGGAUUUGAUGAUUUUUCUGAUGAUUUGCAAAGCCUUGUAUAGAUUCAGGUCACCAGCCAACCAGCCGGCAAUAACAAUUGGUACUGCAACAGAACCAUGAGGCUGGCUGAUGGUGGGGAUGCCAGAGCCACAAGAGAUGCUGGCUGGACUAAUUCCUACAAGUAGUGGUGAGUGCAAAACUAUAUGCAGCACAAAAUGUAGACCUUAUGGUUUUAGCACUUGCUUUUUCUCAGCGAUUUCAAAAUAUUUACUCAUAAGCAGUUUCUGGAAUAAUUAAGAAGCUGCUGCUCCUCUGAGGAGAAGAGUGCAGUUCCUGGGUCAUGAGUACUCUCACGUCCUCUGUGCCUGGAACUCAUUUAUUUCAUGGAACUUCUCGGCGUUCCUGUAUUACAGGAGAUAACUGGUUCUGUUUAAAAGCAAGCAAACUAACUAAAAACUGUUCUGUGGCUUUACCUGGGGGUUUUUGCCUCUUCUGUCUCACCUCAGGUGACCCCUUAGAUCUCCUUGGAAUAAGAGUAUGCCCCAGCAAAGCCCCCAGUAAGAUAAUGGUUCAGAGAUGAAGAUCUUAGGGAAAUUCAGUAGGAGAUUAACUCCAGCAUGUGUUUAAGCAUUUUAAGCCAUCUAAUUCUUCUUCCUAAAUAAACAGGCCAUAGGUCCUUCUCUCUGUUAUUCCUGCAAUAAGCCAGGAAAUUUUGAGAAAGUGGGCUAUGUCCCUGCAACUGGCAGGAUGGUAAUGAAGCCUUUCUCUGAGAGGAGAGCCAGUCCAUUUCGUAAACACCUUAGUUUUAACAUAUUGAAGAAGGAUUAAAGCAAGGCCCUCGUGGUGAGCACCCUGGUAGCUCCUGUGCUGCCAGCAGGCUGCAUCUGCAGUCCCCAUGGGGCUGGGUCUCAGGCCUGGUGCUAGAGCACAGGUCUGUUGCCUCAGAUCCGAGGUACACGGUGAUGUUCUCUGGGGGACAAAUGUGGAGAGGUCUCACAUAUAACGGUAAUAUUUAUGCUGCCAUUCACAUUGUCAGACGAGUAUGCAGAAGCUGGGAGCUGACUGCCCAGUUCCUUAGUGGAGCAGACAACUCACAGUGCUGCUCUGGUAAGUGUGCAGGGAGUGAGGGGCUGCUGCUCCAGGGCCACCACAUACAUCUGAGGCAGGGCCGAGAUGAGAAUCACAGAAGUUGGAAGGGACCUCAAGAGAUCAUCGAGUCCAAUUCCUUUGCUAAAGCAGGUACCCUGCAAUAGGUUGCACAGGUAGGUAUCCAGAUGGGUCUUGAAUGUCUCCUUACUAGGAGACUCCACAACCUCUCUGGGCAACCUCAUGCUCCAUCAUCCUUACCAUAAAGAAGUUCUUCCACAUGUUAGUACAGAAUCUCCUGUGUUCAAGUUUUAUGCCAUUACUCCUUGUCCAGUCACUACAUACCACCAAGAAAAGCCUGGCCUUAUCCAUUUGCCUCCCACCUCCCUUUAGAUAUUUAUAAACAUUUAUCAAGAUCCAGAAAUUCUGAUUCCUGGCCUUGCAUCCCAGGUACAGUGCACUGCAUUAUGUUGUUUUUCCCAAUAACACUUAGACAAACAGAUCUUGAUAUACCAGGAGCAUAGUAGCCUCUCAGUAAAUUGAGCAGGGCUUUAGCUGUUUAAUUCCUGUGAUUUGUGUCUGCCUUGUGCUUGCUCCCAGUAAUCUCAGUAACUAUUGCGUAUUUUCUGUGGAACUCACAGCCUGAAGCAUGCUAGACUUCAUGUAAAGCAGAAAUGAGCCUACUUAACAUACAUUUUCUUCUUGUUAGAUUGAGAUCUGCAAAUAUCAAAUAGCAAAGAAAAUUUGCUUCAUUCCUCUUAAAAAAAAAAAUCUCCAUCCUCACCAACUGUAGCUUGUUUCUCCAGUUGUUUCCUUGUUUGAUUUAGAAUUCAAAAAAAUGGGAAAAGUCCCAUGGAUUACACUUCAAGUACAAUUGCUUUCAAUGAAAUUACCAGGUAACAUCUUUUCAUAAGCAGAUUCUGAUAUCUAAAUAUGUAAAAAAAAAUAUGCAAAGGUAUGUCUGAAGGCUAGAAUAAAUUCUGCCAUGAAAAUAAUUCAGAGAGUUUUGUGCUAGAAAACUAGUUUCUCAGCAUCUGCAAUAGUCUAAGGUAAUUGCCAUUGCGACAAGGCAGUAAACCUCAGAAAUAACUGAGCACGGUUAGAUGUGGACUAGAGCCUUUAUGUUUCUGAACUUCAGGAAUCUCGUUUGCAGCUAUCAGAGGCCCCGGCAUGCUCUUACGGAGUGUCCUUGAAAUUCAGCAGUCCAGUUCAGAACAGGUCAAGUUAUUUAACAGCAUUCCCCGCCCCUCUUUGUUCCUUGAUGAAGUAGUACAAUGUCAUUUGUCAGAGAGCCAGAACUGGAGACAUGCUGAAUAUGUGAAUACCAAGGAAGUGGUUUCCUUAGCAAUAACAGGCAUGUGAAAAUCAAAACUUCCUUUCCUCCUCAUGUGACCUUUUUCAAAGCAAUUCAUGUUGGAGACAAUAGAAGUGAAUUCCAGGCACCCACAGUGUUCCUGCAAUGCCAGUGAUCUGCCGAACAGCAAAGUUAUCUUACCUUUUUAUUAAGGUAUAAUUAUAUUUUUCUUUAGCUGAACUCCACUAGGUGUUUUGCAUGCUCAUGUGUACGAUGUUGAUUCUCCUGAAAUAAAAAUUGCCUAAGGCCAUAGAAACAAAUACAUAGAAAAUUGCUUAGCAAUUUUCUUGCCAAUGUGGAUUGAAACUUCUGUGUGACACUGAAAUCCUGAAGUCCUUUCUAUUGAGAGGAAAUGAUGGCCUGAAAACUCUUACCAAUUAGUUUUAACAGCUGGACCUCCCUGGAUGCAGAAUUUACAGAAGGUAGUUCACCUACUUUAUAUAUGGUAAAAAUCAGUAUUCCUUCUGAAAGUCUGUAAAAAGAAAGUGGAGAGGGAGGCUGUUUAUGAAGGCAAACCAACGAGAGAUGGCAUUCACCUCACCCAUCCCUCACACUGCCGCGGUAUCAAUCCUCUUUGCUAUUUCAGAACUGAUGGGAAGUUUAUUGGAGAGGGCCCUCCAGCAGCUGAGAGCACGCCCCUGGCAACUGGCAGAGGGGUACGCUCCAGUUCCCAGAGCCUGCGGAUCUCCAUCUUGCUUUAGCCACACCUGAUGGGCUUUUGUUGUCCGGGAUUUUUUCCCCUCAAUUCCAGGAUUUAGUCUUAAACUCCAAAUGAUGUGAUUUUUUUCAGGAAUUGAAAUGUGGAUAGCUGAGUUAGGAGCUGGUCCCGCUAAGCAGGAGAAGAAAUCUCAGACUUCAUCUGAAGGUGUCUGUGAAGCUGGGGCAGAGACAUGGCGCAAAUUUGGAACCUGAAUGUCUGAAAGAGAAUUGGCGAUCUGUCUGCUCUGGGGUCUGGUACAUCUCUGCUGUGUGCUGGCUGCACCAAGGCACAGCUCGCAGCCCAGCCAAGCAUCUGUGUCCUGCAGUGUGCGCUUACCUGCAUUUAGUUGCCACAGAAUUGCCAGGUCUGCCUUGGCAAGCUGUCACAGUGAACAUGUGACCUAGUGCCAGGUGCUGCACAAACACUGAACGAUGCUCCUGUGGCUGCUGAAAGUGUGCUGUCAAGGAGGCACCUGAGAGAGGUGUCUCAAAAAAGAGGUGGAAUACAGGUUUAGGAACAGCCUGGAAAAUGCUCUCCAGCAGAGGAAGGACAGCAGUGGGCUGCUCACGAGUUCUCCACCAAAAACUGUACGGGAAAGGAUAAGGAGAGUGGGUCAAAGCCACGUGCUGUACCCUGGCACCAAUACCCAGGCUCCAAACGACAAACCAUGCCGAUUUUAUUUGUUGCCAGAGGCUGAGCUGGAUUUGUUCCAUGGGUAGACAUGCCUGUGUUGCUUUCUUUCAAUUCUGUUUUGCUUUGGACAUGCUAAGGCAGGCUUUAUUUCUUUUUUGUGUGUCAUUUAGCUUGAUAAAUAUCUUUGAAAAAUGACAAAUGUUUUCUAAGUAAAUAUUCUUUAUAAGUAUGUUCCUUUUGGGGGAAAUCUGUCAAAAUAUCUUCUGAUCUCUUCUUUCAAAGGACAGAUAACACAUUCAGGAUAUGCAAGCGCCUCCUGUGUAGUCCAGUUAUUUUUCCCCCUUUCUUCUUACAUGUUUCAGUUUUAAAAUUGUUCCCAUAGGCCAUAAUAAGUCAAGCUAUAAAGAAAAUAUAUUUGAUGUCUUU